AUGACAACUUCAAUGAGACACACUUUCACACUUAAGUACAAGGAACCUAAGUUGGACAGUCUGAAGGAUUUGAUCUCUGAUUUGUCUCUCAGCAGACGUGAUGAGUUUGGAAAAAGCUAUGGGAAAAUUUUGAGCCUUCUAAAUAAGAAAGUUGACUAUGGAAUUAUCGGCUCUCUGGCACAAUAUUAUGAUCCCCCUCUGCGUUGUUUCACAUUCGCUGAUUUCCAGCUAGCUCCUACUUUGGAAGAAGUUGAGAGAAUUGUGGGUCUCAAAUUGAAAGAUUUUAAUCCAUUUCCAAAGCUCGAAGAAGAUAUGGGACCAAAGAAGAUAGCUUCGGCCCUAAGCAUCAAUGUCCCGACUGUUCGAGACAAUUGGGCUGAAAAAGGGGGUUGCAAAGGUUUUGCCGCGAUGUUUUUGGAGGAUUUAGCUCUAAAGUUCAAGAAAAGUGGAAACUGGAAUGCAUUCUACGCUGUGGUGGCUUUAUUGAUCCAUGGGAUUGUGUUAUUCCCAAAUGUUGAAAAAUUUGUAGAUCAAGUGGCCAUAGAAGUCUUUCUCUCUGGAAAUCCAGUACCAUUUCUCUUAGCUGAUAUUUACUAUGCCCUUCAUGCUCGACAUGAAAAGAGGGGUGGAACGUUAUUGUGUUGUGCUCCUUUUCUUUACAGUUGGUUCAUGCAACACAUGCCCGGAGAAGGUCCUUUUGUGGCAAAAGAACUUAAGUCUCCUCAGAAAUUAGCUUCUCUCACCGCAAGUUCCAUCAGAUGGUAUAUCCGAGAGUGGGAAACCUCAGACAUUAUAGUCAGCUGUGGGGAAUUUCCUAAUGUACCGUGGUUGGGCACCAAGGGUUGCAUCAACUAUAACCCUAUGUUAUCUCGAUUAUAA